UCAAAGGUUGGAGCGCGUGGCUGUGCGAUAAAGAUUUUCGGAUGUGAUGUGUGUCUUUUCGGCAGCUAUAAAAGAGGCAGACAGCUGCCGAAAUAUUCUAGUUUACUCCAAAAGAAAGCGAAGACAACUAAUUUCAACAUGAACUUCUCCUGGCUCGCCGUCUUCAUUCUGGCCAUUGUUGCUGUGGCUGUUUCGGCCAAUUCUCAGUGCCCUGUGCCGUUCAAGAAGGAUGGACCCAAGUGCGUUACCGAUCGCACCAUCCGCGGCGAGUGCCCACACAAUUCCCAGUACAGUGCCAACAUCAACAAGUGUGUGUACAAGUCCUAAACAACAUUAAAUAACAACUAAUCUGACAAAUCG